GAUGACCUCACUGAUGACACCCCGCUUUUCCAGUGCUUUGCUCAUGUCUGCAAAAUGCCACAACACUCAAAUUCCAUGGAAAUGCUCCCAAAUCCCAACUCCUCAAAGCUGCCGCCAGCUGACAGGGCUGGGCCAAGGCUGUGCCGCCCCUGCGGGAGCAGCAUAAAAGCCGGCCCAGCGCCUCUCUCCCUGCCACGCUUCUCCUCAAGCCUUCUCCUGCCUUCUCUGCCCACCACCAGGGCCCCUCCACACCACACCCAUGGCCUGCUACGACCUCUGCCGCCCCUGCGGACCCACCCCGCUGGCCAACAGCUGCAACGAGCCCUGUGUCAGGCAGUGCCAGGACUCCACCGUCCUCAUCCAGCCCUCCCCCGUCCGCGUCACCUUCCCAGGGCCCAUCAUGACCUCCUUCCCCCAGAGCUCCUUCGUCGGAUCCACCGCAGGGGCUGCCCUGGGCACGGAGCUCAACGUCCAGGGACAGCCCAUCUCCGGCGGCUUUGGGGCCGGAGGCUACGGCCUGGGCUAUGGCCGUGGCUUUGGCUACGGUCUGGGAGGCCUGGGCUGCUACGCCAACAGGGGCUGCUCUGGCAUCUGCUGAGGCCCCAAACAACUGCCCCAACACCAACUACCCAUGACCUGGAAGUCAGCACAAGUAACAGGGAUUCAUCUCCUUGCCCAAGCUGUCCAAUGGGCUCAGCACUUCCAGCU